AGAUCAGCACACACGCUUUACAAAGAAGAGCAAAAUUCUACGCAAACCUGCAGGAGCUUAAAAAUUGGGGUUUGUUUGAGUCUCAGUCAAGCCAAAUUUGAAAAGUGAAGAUGAAGGUCAUCGUAAUCUUCACCCUCUACCUGAUCUCAGGUCCAGUAGGCUGCACUGAUGUGACUGGCUACUCAGGAAGUAGUGUUGUGAUAUACUGCAGACACCAAAAGUAUGGAUUACAUAGAUACUUUUGUAAAGACCCAGAACAGCAGUGUGUGUAUUUGGAAUCUGAUCAAAAACAAAACACAUGGGAUCAUAAAGAUAGAGUUUCUCUGCAUGAAUCUGCUGGAAGGCUUAUGGUAAUCUUUCGAGAGCUGAGUUUACAGGAUGCUGGAUCAUAUCGCUGUGGACAGACUGAAGAGUGGAAUGAGACAGUGAACCUGAAAGUGAAAACAGAUCCUUGUUGUACUGGGAAAAUGAUUGUGACUGGCCAUCUUGGGAAGACUGUUGCCAUCAGCUGCUCAUAUCCAGAGGAGUUUAAGGAAGAUCCAGAGGAGUCUGAGGAAAGCAUCAAAUUCUUUGAGAAACUGGAUGGUCAAAUUUUUACUGAAGUGAACCAAACCACAGAUACUCGGAGAGGCAGAUUCUCCAUCUCUGAUAACAGAAGAUCUAAAGUUCUCAGUAUGAGCAUCAGUGAUGUGAGAGAAGAUGAUGGAGGAGUUUAUUUCUGUGGAGCGGGGAAUGGAGAUGAGAAUUAUAAAACAUUCUUCACUGAGAUUCAGCUGCAGGUUACUGAUUCCUCAGCCUUCACCAAAGUGUAUACCUGUGUGGCUCUGCUGCUGAUUGGAGGAUCAGCACUGAUCAUUUAUACUGUGAUACAUAAGAAAAGACGAGGCUCCACUCCUUCUUCCAAGAUGGAGCUCAAAGACAAUAAAGAGGUUAGUUGUUAUGUUUGUGUGGUGACCCCAGUGGAGAUUGAACACACCAGACAUGUUUCUGCCUCAGACCCUGGAGUUGAUGCAAAUAGUUCUAAUAAAGAUACCUACUCCAUCAACCAACCACCCAAAGAUGAAGGUCUCACUUACGCCAUUGUGAUUUUCCAGAAGAACCCGGAUUCUCCCAGUGAUACGCCAGAGACCAACAGUAAGGCGGAACCUUCUACUGAAUACGCCACUGUUAAACAUCACGCAGGACUGGAAUAA